UCGCGUUCAGGUUGCUUUUGACGGCACUUUGGUUUGGUCUUUUCACGCGUAAUCGCAUGUCAGCACUCGUUGCGGGGCGACGUACUUCAUAAGCCAUCAACAUUUUAGAGCGUUUGCCUUUCGUGCGGCAACAUUCACGCGUGUGGUGACAUUAGUUAAAAACAAUACAAAAAAGAAGACAAAAAUAAUGACCAUAAUACAUACCAGCGGAUCGCGAACAUACGUAGUCUUGCUGUUGGCGCUCGUUAGGGCACGAGCCAUAGUAGUCGCGCGAAUUCGGUGUUGUGCGGACCUAAAGCGCUUCGCAAAAUUAUAAAAGACAGCAGACGCGCAGCCAAUAUAUAAAAAGUAAACUCACGUGUGUUUGAAGAAAAAACAAAAAACAAAUUACUUUAAAAUUUUGCGUGGAUUUCUCUAAAGGACAAGUGCUCCGUCGCCAACCGAGCAAUGGCCACUCCCGAAGAGUUGGCGCGCCUUGUUGCCAUACAUCUGCGCGAUCUGCAGGACACCGAACCGAAUUGGACCGUCGCGCAUUCCGAUGUCGCAGGCCGCGGUGUUUUUGCAACGCGUGACAUCGCCGCCGGCGAAUUGCUAUUCCGCGAAUGUCCGCUCGUUGUCGGUCCUACCGCGCGCAAAGGUUCCAUACUCAAUACCUGCGUUUGUUGUCACAAGCUGCUGGCCGUCAAGGACUUCCUCUGCAAGCGCAACUGCAUGCUGCCCGUUUGUGAUGCGUGCGCCGAUUCCGAGAAGCAUCGCGCCGAGUGUGAGCACUUCCAGCGUUGGCAGCCGGUGGAGCUAAGCAAAUUAGUGGAUAUGUGUGCUGAUAAAAGCGUCGGUCCACCACUGGUAAAUCCCUACGCGUUGCGUAUACUCACAGCCGUGCGUGUGUUCUUCCUCAAUCCCGAACAGCGCGCACUAGUCGACGCUAUGCAAGCAAAUGCUGAACGCGGCUAUCGGCAGGAGAUCAUCAAAGCGGCGCAGAGUUUUCGCAAAUUCCCAACUACAGAUAAACCCUUCAUGGACAAUCUAUUUCGCAUUGUAGGCGUACUAAAUACGAACGCCUUCGAGGCACCAUGCCGUGUGGGUGAACACGAGACACUUUUGCGUGGUCUAUUCCCGUUGACGGCGAUCAUGAAUCAUGAAUGCACGCCCAAUGCGAGUCACUACUUUGACAAUGGACAUUUGGCGGUAGUGCGUGCGGCGCGCCAUAUUCCCAAGGGUGCUGAGAUCACAACCACAUACACAAAGAUAUUGUGGAGUAAUCCGACACGUGGCAUUUUUCUAAAAAUGACUAAAAAUUUUGUGUGUGAAUGUGUGCGUUGCAACGACAGUACGGAGAACGGCACCUACUUGUCUGCGCUAUUUUGUCGCGAACAAGGCUGCAAAGGCAUCGUCAUACCGGUGGAAACGAAGACCCUACAACCGGAUUGGCGUUGCCUCACCUGUGAGACAAUCUCCCCAAACACGAAAAUGGCACGCUAUCAGGACUUUGCAUUGAAUACGAUCAAUAAUCGCAUUAACAAGAGCACCGUACACGAUCUGAUCAAUUUCAUAAACGAGAUGUGUCCACGCUUUUGCCCGCCAUCGAAUUAUGUGUUAAUCGAGGCUAAAUUGAAUGUAAUUUGGCGCAUGCUACGCAUUAAAGACGAAUUCACCGAAGAAGAAAUGCAGCAUCGUGAUCGUUAUCGCGAAGAGAUACUCGAGGUAUUGGACAAAUUAGGUGCUGGAGAUUGUACGUUGAAAAAGUUGAUCACCAAUGAGAUACCAUGUUAGCGACGAAUUGGGAGUGUGAAGAAUGCAGCGUGCUGAGACGUUGUGUUGGCAGAGAGAGAGUGAGAAAGAGGGAUAGCGGCAGAGAAUUCUCGUAUUAAUUGCAUUAAGAAGUGUGUUUGUGUGGUAAUUAAAAAUCGCAAUGCAAAAUUACUUUCAUUCAUUAUUGUUGGAUGUACCAUUUCGAAUAGCAAGUAAUAAUUUAUUCAUGUAAUUUGCCACUGUUUAUCUAAAAUCUAGUCAGCUUUUGUGCAUCUGCGAAUUUUUGCGACGGAUUUAUGUAGUACUUGUGUGUAAACACUUAAUUAUUUAUUACUAAAUAGUUUUGCCUUAAAAUUUAUAUCUAUGCGAGUAUGUACAUCUAUAUAUAUGUAUGCAUAAAAUUACAUGUUUAUGUUUUUUUUUUCUAAAAUUGUAUUUCAUACAAAGUCUGAACUCAUUAGAAGAAGCCCAAUAAAAAUAUUCGAAUAAAAAAU